AUGUCAAAUUUGGAGAUUGAAAAUACACAUUCCGAAGAAUAUGAAGAUCCAGCUACAAUCCCAGAUCAUCAAAAUCCCGUUCCCUUGACUAGUAAUCCAGUUUAUUCCCUGGCAAGUGCGCCAGACUACGAACUACUUUCAGGCAUCUCGGCUGCUGAUGAGAAUCCGGUUGCCAAGACCAACCAUUCGGAAACCCCCGGAAGUGCAGGGUAUGAGGAUUUCGGAAUUUCUGGAAGCGGCCAGAAGCAAAGUUAUGACUUUGUGGAUGCAAUCCAGUCCGGAUCCCAUGAAUACCAGCUAGUAUCCGAAAUUGCGCAAAUUAAAGAAAAGGGUGCUACUACUUACGAAGGUCUUAUCAAAGAAUACUCUUUCGAUGUGACAGUUGUGCAGACACCGGAUGUUAAAGAACUCGGCUUGACUGGUCGCUAUAAGCUAGUUUUAGGAAACUUAUCAAUAAAUCUCCACCCAAGGUUGCAAAAAGUCGAAAAAUCCACCAAAUCCGAGCCGAUUUACAUGUGGUUUUACGCAGACAUUCGGAGAUACAGCUUCAGCAAACAAAUGCGUGAAUUCGCCAUAUAUUGUGGUCGCAGCUGCCCAACCCCUGAAAAGGUCAUUUGCUUCCGGGUGAAAACGGAUCUAGUGCAGCUUUUGCAAGUAGUGAAUGAGAAAACAGGAGGAGCGUUUGAGGCGGAACUAGCAAAUAUAAAAGUUAAAAAACGAGUGUGUACCAUUUCCUAAGAGUGCUCAGGUUUUAUAAGUAUGCAAUAAAACUUCAUUUUGUUUGAUUAACCCUGGAAGAAGAGAGUAUUCGGAAGCGGCAAGUUGUGUAAUGGGAAUUUAGACGUGAUAACAAUGUUCA